GUGAUCAGAAAAUUGUUGGAGUAGCUUUUGCAGAUACUACCAUUCGAGAAUUGGGUGUAUCAGAAUUUAUUGACAACGAGCUAUUCUCAAAUUUUGAGGAAUGUAUAAUUCAGUCAGAUGAAGUUCACAAAGAUUAUGAUCUUGCAAAAUUACGAGAGGUGAUCGACAAAUGUGAUAUUGUUAUUACUGAACUCAAGAAAACUAAUUGCCUUCGUGGACAAUCGGAAUACAUUGAACUUGCAACGCAACGAACUGGUGUAUUUUUUACGACACGAAGGCUGAAGGAAUUAAGUUCUAAUUUUUUUAGCGAAACGGAGCACUAUGAGGACGUACAAAGCUCUCUUGUAAGAGAGGUUAUCAACAUUUCUGGUGAAGGCCAUGUUGUUUUAAAAAAUGCGCGCCAUCCUUGCCUAGAAACUCAAGAUGGUGUUUCGUUUAUUCCAAAUGAUGUCGAAUUAAUUCGAGUUGGUGCUGGAGACAGCCAGCUCAGAGGUGUAUCUACAUUUAUGUUGGAAAUGUUGGAAACUGCUACAAUUCUGAAGCUCGGACGGGGUACAAGCACUUAUGAUGGAUUUGGACUCGCUUGGGCCAUUUCAGAUGAUGAAGUUCCACAUGUGCGUAACCUUCAUGUUACGGCGCACAUUGACCAGAAGGCUUGUGGAACCCGUGACAUUACAUUGUUAUACAAAGUUACUGAAGGUGUCUGUGACGAGAGCUUUGGUAUUCACGUUGCUGAAUUGGCCAAUUUUCCAGAAAUUGCUGUUAAAGAAGGAGGCACAAUCAUUAAGGAAUUUCUUAGAGAUAUUGCCCAGACUCCUAAUAUUGAAUCUAUGAAUUACAGUUCAAUGCUAGAUCGAAUUCAGGAAGUGAAAAGCAAAUAUCAAGAAAAAAUUGAAGGGAAUCCAUG